GCGUCCCAGCCAUGGAGAUGCUCUCACCCUGCCUGCUGCUCGCCGUCUGGACCAUUCACGUGCUCCCGUCCACAGGCAGGCACCAGAACCUUUUUACGGAGAGAAUCUGCUGCAGGAGACAGAGUCACAUCAUUUAUGUGGGCCAAGACAUCUCUGGCAGCCCUGUCAGCCUGGACGUGGGAAUGUGCAGGACGCACUGUGCAGCCUCCAGAUCCACGCCCUCCUAUGAACCCGGACAGCCGGCGUUUCCCAAACACGUGUCCAUGCUGGAAUUCCUCAGGAGUAAAAAGGUGCGCGGUCCCGCCGGUGCAGAUCUGGCCAGCCCUGAGAUGGAACGGGCGGGCCCCUUGGCGUCCUGCGGCCCCAGUGCGGACUGCGUCGCGGCCAGCGUGCGGGUGGAGCGCGUGCUGCUGUUUGAGGGCCCGCGGGAGGUGGAGGUGGUGGAGGAGUGCCAGUGCGAGCCGCGGCUGAUGCACUGUGUCCGCGUUCCCGCCCUGAAGACCUACCACCACGACACGCCCUACCAGUCCGUCCUGGACGUCGGGAAGUGCUCCACAGCCAGAGGCUCGCUAGAAGGUUUCUCCUGCGUCGCCAUCAAGUUCGACUCUGCCCUGGUGGAGACUCCCAGCAGGGUGCAACUGGUGCAGACCGUCAGCGCCUGCGAGCUGCGGCGAAGCUGUUACCGUGUCCCCUACAUGGAGUACUACUACGAGGUUACUCACAGCCCGGUGGGGGAUAAGGAGGAGAAGCUGAAGGAAAUUGAUGUGGGCAGAUGUUUGGGAAACUGCAACACAGGAAGUCGAUGCCUCCUGAGGAGCUCCGUGGACCCCAAGGCCUGCUUGCUUCAGGCUCCAGGCCCAACCAGCACCUGCGUUCCUCAGGGCUACGAGAGCCACGUGUUCCGCAACCAGCACGGAAACAUCCGCACGGUGCUGGCCAUCACCUCCUGCGCGUGCCAGUCCUGA